AGUAGGACCAGUGUGUGAGCUAGCUUAGUCAAAGUUGGCUAGCGAACCGCAUUCUUGUUCCUCCUGAAAACAGCGACUCUCUCUUAUUACAACUACGUGGAUGUAUUUUCAUUGAGAAUGCCUAUUGAGACGUUGGGGCUGCUGUUAGUUAAUUUAGUCCAGUGGCUGUGAAUUGUCCCUAAUUAGACAUGCGAGGCUAGCAUUCUGUCACCGUCCCAGAACAGUUGAGAGCUGCUGGACUUUGACAGACUGCUGAGGCGCUGCUGUCUUUAUUCUACGUGUGCUCACGCGCUCCUACCGAUCUAUUACUGUGUAAUAAGUUGGUCCUAAAUAAAGCGCCAUAGCUCUUGAAUGUGCUGGAGGUCUGUGUGACAGGACGUGCCCUAGUGACCGUUCGCGUGGCUCGUCAUUGGUCAACGGAGAACUGAAGUGACGUUGUAUCACUUCACAACUUCAUCCCAGUCAACAUGUAGCUGUCGGAUGAGUUAGCCUAGCUCACUGCCUCCUCCAUGAACACCCCGUGUGGAGACUAAAGUGUUGAAUGAGUCCGCGCAGCCCGGAGUGUAGGGAUGGCACGCCGAUGAGCACCGAUCCUACCGAAGCUCGCCUGUCCGUUUGCUUGCCCCUUUGAGAAGCCACACAUUGACUCCCCAGCUGGUUCAUCAUGAAGACCAACAAGUCAUACAAGCUUGUGCUUCACAAGAAAGGGUUCGGUGGAAGUGAUGACGAGUUGGUUGUCAACCCAAAGGUUUUCCCUCAAGUCAGCCUGAGGGAUAUCAUCGAGAUCGCACACCCCACCGAUGAAUACAGUCCUCUCCUGCUUCAAGUGAAGAGCCUGAAAGAGGACCUUCAGAAAGAGACGAUCAGUGUGGACCAGACCGUAGCACAAGCCUUCAAGCUGCGUGCCUACCAGGAUGUCAUUGUUAACAUUGUCGACCCAAAGGAUGUGACACUGGACCUGGUGGAGCUGACGUUCAAGGACCAGUACAUCGGCAGAGGAGACAUGUGGAGACUAAAGAAGAGUCUGGUGAGCACGUGUGCUUAUGUGACGCAGAAAGUGGAGUUUGCAGGAAUCAGAGCCCAGGCCAGUGAACUCUGGGUGAAGGGAGAGAAAGUGACCUGCGGGUACAUCAGUGAAGACACCAGGGUGGUGUUCAGAUCUACAUCUGCAAUGGUGUACAUCUUUAUCCAGAUGAGCUGUGAGAUGUGGGACUUUGACAUCUAUGGUGAUCUCUACUUUGAGAAGGCUGUCAAUGGUUUCCUGUCAGACCUUUUCGCCAAGUGGAAGGAGAAGAAUUGCAGCCAUGAGGUGACAGUUGUACUUUUCUCCCGUACUUUCUACAAUGCCAAAACUGUUGAUGAAUUUCCUGAGAUUCUGAGAGGGUCUAUCAGACAGGAUCACGAAGGACAUUUUUAUGAAGACUUUUACAGGGUCGUGGCCCAGAAUGAGAGACGGGAUGAGUGGACAUCAUUACUAGUCACGAUCAAGAAGCUCUUCAUUCAGUAUCCUGUCCUGGUGCGGCUGAAAGAAGCAGAUGGUUUUCCUCCUGGUUACAACUCAACUGCUGCUCAAGGAAACUACCUGGAGGCCAUUAACCUUUCUUUCAACGUGUUUGACAAGCACUACAUCAACCGUAACUUUGACCGCACCGGCCAGAUGUCAGUGGUCAUCACUCCCGGGGUGGGAGUGUUUGAAGUCGACCGUCUGCUUAUGAUUCUCACCAAACAGCGUAUGAUUGACAACGGUAUUGGGGUAGACUUGGUGUGCAUGGGGGAGCAGCCAUUGCACGCAGUACCAUUAUUCAAGCUGCACAACAGGACAACACCUGGAGACUCUCGUGUGGGGGACGACUACAACCUUCCUCAUUGGAUCAACCACAGCUUCUACACCUCCAAAAGUCAGAACUCUUGCAGUUCCUUCACCCCUCGAAUCAAACUGGCUGGCCGCAAGCUUCAUGCUGAGAAAUUCAAGAGCAGCAAAGAACACACUCUCUGUGCACCAAAGGACUCUGAAAACAGCCUGCCUAUUCAGGUGGACUACGACGCCUACGAUGCUCAGGUGUUCAGACUGCCUGGUCCUUCACGGAUUCAGAGGAGCACCAACUUCAGGAUGAGUCGAGACAAAGAGACGAGUGGGAGGAAGAGCUGGGGCUCGGUGGACGUCAGUGCAGGCAUAGGCGUGUCUCCUCCUGUUCGCUCUGGAGGUCCAGAGGAACAGCGUAGCCUGGCCUCUGAUGAUAGUCUGGGCCCUGUGUCCAACAUGCUGCUCAUACCCCGCAUUCCUCUCGUCCAGUAUGAAGUCAGCAGCUCCCUGGGAUACACCAGCACCAGAGAGUUGUUGGAGAAGAUGAUGGACUCUCAGCGGGACUCCAGUGCCCCGGGCAGGUUCACAGUUGGAAGCGCUGAGUCCACUUUGCACAUCCGCCCAGGAGGUUACACCCCUCAGAGAGCACUCAUAAACCCCUUCACCCCAUCCAGAAUGCCCAUGAAGCUCACCUCCAACCGUCGGCGGUGGAUGCACACCUUCCCUGUCGGUCCAUCUGGAGAAGCAAUCCAGAUCCAUCAUCAGACCAGACAGAACAUGGCCGAACUGCAGGGCAGCCAGCAGAAAGAUCCCGCCCACACCUCUGCUGAGCUGCUGGAGCUGGCCUAUCACGAGGCCACUGGAAGGCGCACAACCUCUAGGCAUGCAGGAGAGAACGGCCUUUACGUUAGUGGAGGGAUGGAAGAGUUGACUGGAAGUCCAGGAAGCCACAACAGUGGAGCUCUCAACACGUUGCAAGACUUAUCCCUGAGCGGUGCCGAUCCAACCCUGCUGCUGUCUGCGCCCCCGACAGUGCCCAGCUUCUGCUGCACAGUGGGGGUGGACUGGAAGUCUCUGACCACGCCAGCCUGCCUGCCCCUCACCACCGACUACUUCCCCGAUCGCCAGGCGCUCCAGAACGACUACACCGAAGGCUGCUACGACCUGCUGCCCCACAGUGACCUGGAGAGGCGGGAGUACGAAGCCCCAGUGAUGAGUGCGUCCCAGGUGUUUGAGGAGUUUAUCUGUCAAAGGUUAAUGCAAGGCUACCAGAUCAUCGUCCAAACCAACAACAGGAAACCACAGCCCACUGUGGCCACACCCCUUGGCAGCAGUCCUCUAUAUUCUAGAGGUUUGGUCUCUCUGCGUCGAGCAGAGGAGGAGGAGACCGUUUACUGGCUCAGUAUGGGCCGGACCUUCCAUAAGGUUUGCCUCAAAGACAAGAUCAUCACAGUCACUCGCUACCUGCCCAAGUACCCGUACGAGUCGGCACAGAUCCAGUACAGCUACAGCCUGUGUCCACCACAUUCUGAUGCUCACUUUGUGUCCUGCUGGGUGGAGUUUGGCCACGAGAGACUGGAGGAAUACAAGUGGAACUACCUGGACCAGUACAUCUGCUCUGCUGGCUCUGAGGACUUCAGUUUGAUCGACUCUCUGAAGUUCUGGAGGACUCGCUUCCUCCUGCUGCCAGCCGGAGGAGCUAGGCGGGUGGCAGACGGGGAGGGGCACUGGGAUGUUUAUGGGGAGGGAGCAGGUGCCGGGCUGGGUGGCAGCGGGGACUGGGUCCUGCUGGAUGGCUUCAUCCGUUUCCUGGAGGGUCUGAACCGCAUUCGGCGUCGCCACCGCUCCGACAGGAUCAUCAGACAGAAGGGCACAGCAAUGAAAGGACUGCAGGUCACCAGUCCUCUCCCACCGCACCCCACAGAGCCUUUGGUGCCCCCACACGGCAAAAAAGGCACAUCGGCCUUAUCGGCCUUACUGGAGAUGGAGCAGAACCAGAAGUCUCUGGAGGAUCAGCAGCAGGCGAAGCCCUCAACAGCUGCCAGUGAGCCCUCAAGUGUUGCCACAGCGCCCACAUAUGUGGACAGCCCCCGCAAGGACGCUGCCUUUAUUUUGGAUUUUAUACGUAGCCCUCGCUCCUCCUACAUCUAUCACUCUCAGCUGCCUGCUGAAGCCAGCGAUGUUGCAGAGAAAGGAGUGCAGCCAGCAGCGACGGCUGCAGGGGAGACUGCAGCCAGCAGCAGCACCUCAGACACCAGUGGGCAGUCUGCAGUGGGAGCCCUUUCUCUGUCCUCUUCCUCAACACUCAUGGAGAUCCUGGAGGCCAUCAAACAUCCCACGACGGGUGUGCAGCUGCUGCCGGAGCAGAAAGGCCUCCCACUCAACUGCUUCAUUAGCGCAGAGGUCAUUCAUUGGCUGGUUAACAAUGUAGAGGGCGUGGCCACACAGGGGAUGGCUGUGGAUAUCAUGCAGAAGAUGCUGGAUGAAGGUGUGGUGGGCCACGCUUCUGGAGACGCCAUGCGCACCUUCGUCUACGGAUUCUACUUCUACAGGAUCGUGGGAGAGAAGGAUGGUACACCUGCUCCUACUUGCCCGACCUCCCAGCUUCCCUCCAUGGCGACUGGGGUCUGGUCCGCUGCAGCCCUGGAGGACUUUGCUCUGUUCCAGAGGAAGUGGUUCGAGGUGGCCUUUGUGCUGGAGGAGUGGCGACCCUGCGACCUCCCCGCCUUCCUGCUGCCCUGGCUGCCCAGCCGGCCGGCCUCCUACGCAAGUAGGCACAGCUCCUUCAGCCGCAGCUUUGGAGGACGCAGCCAGGCCGCCGCACUGCUAGCUGCUACAGUCCCGGAGCAGAAGACGGUCACUCUGGACGUGGACGUCAACAACCGCAGUGACCGAACCGAGUGGUGCAGCUGUUAUUACCACGGGAACUUCUCCCUCAACUCUGCUUUUGAGAUCAAGCUGCACUGGAUGGCCGUGACUGCUGCAGUGCUCUUUGAGAUGGUCCAAGGGUGGCACAGGAGAGCGGCCUCCUGCGGCUUCCUGCUGGUCCCCGUGCUGGAGGUUCCAUUCGCGCUGACGUCGUACCUGUACGGAGAUCCCCUGAGAGCCCAGCUCUUCAUCCCUCUGAACGUCCACUGCCUGCUGAAGAACGCCAGCGACAACCUGUUCGAAGGUUUUGAACCAGAGACGUACUGGGACCGGAUGCAGCUCUUCCAGGAAGCCAUACUCUACAGAUUUGGCUUCGUGCACGACAAGUUUUCUGCUUCUUCUUCUAAUUUCCCCUCUGAGAACAAGCCACAGUACAUCCACGUGACAGGCACCGUGUUCCUGCAGCUGCCGUACUCAAAGAGGAAGUACUCGAGCGGGCAGCAGCGCAGACGCAGAAACUCCACCACCUCCAACAGCCAGGGCCCGUAUGGCGGCGAGGAGCGCGUCGGGUACUACUGGGCCUACAACACCAUGCUGACCAAGGCCUGGAGGACGGGCGUGCUUGGCGACGAGAGGCUCGCCGACCGUCUGCUCAGGGACUUCACGGACUUCUGCGCCAACAAGGACAACCGGCUGCUCCACCUGUGGGACGGCUGCCAGGAGAAGAUGAACGCCAGCGCUCCCUGACGACAACACGAUGGUCACGGAAACACUUUAGUCUUUAUUUAUCCAGCGACAUGUUGGACUCCAGGUCACACACGGGUCUGUGACUGAUAAGAAUUAACUCUUGGGAAGUUUCCAGUAUUAAAUGUUUGAUUCUGAACCAGUGAAACAGGAACUCUGCCUGUUAAGCACCAGACACUUUUCAACUUCCACCAGGUUCUGUGUCACACCCACCUGACACCCUCCAACUGUCAACGCAUCCCAUAAACAAGCCAGUAGAGUCACUAGCAGGGUUAUGUUGGGGAAAAACAGAAUUUGGUUUGACAAAGUAAUUAUUAAAUAACCAAGUAUCAUCGACGAAACAAUUCAAAAAUAAGAAGUCUACAUCAAAAUGACUAGCACUGGGCCUUUCAGAAGGAGCAUAUGCCCCGCCCCCUGAACGCUGUUGAGGUGUGCCAGUACUGAAGGUCAGCAGGUUUUUAUACUCAAUGGAUCAACAGUAUUUCUUUAAUAAUCCAAUAAUUAUACUCUAAAUUAUAAACUAAAAGCAUUUUUGUUUUCAGUUCAUCUGUGACCUCACAAAAUAUGCCCAAAACCAUGUUUCGAUAUGCUAAUUAUGCUCAAAUGAGGUGGGAUGAUAUUUGGACAGAUGUGGACUGAUUGGAGGAGGCAAACCACUACCAGACAUAAUUCUAGUUAUGGUAAAAACUAAUGUGGUUAUGAUGUGCUUCAUGUCUCUAUAAAGCUUGUUGACUAAUGAUUCAGAAGUCAAACCUCAUGGUAUGUGUUUAAUGAGCGUCUUAACAAAACAGCAACAAUCAGAAGUCACAAGACAUAACAAGGAAAUAAAAACAUCAAGUAUCAGACA